AUGGCGCCCACCCAAGUCCACCACCAUCGGUCCACCACCAAGGUUUCCCACAAGCCUUUCAAGACCAAGCAUGCCUCAAAGAGCGCUUUGAAAGAGAAGGCGAAGGGGAAAGUUGAGAAUGAGCGGGGCAGUCGCAAAACCCCCCACCAACAACUCAAGUCGAAACUCGACCGUCGCAACCAGGCCCGACAGAAGCAGCAAUUGAAGCACCAAGAGAAGGCACAGGCGACAAGCAUUUUCACUGGUCAGAAUGGCGCUCCUCGCCAUGUCGCUAUUAUCCCGCUUUCGGUCGAUGUUGACACCAGCGCCGCCAUUCGCGCGCUGAACGAGAGUGUCGACAUCAACGAGGAGGUCCCGGCCGAGGGUCCUCUCCGCGUGCGUGUCGAUCGAUUCCGUCAGAGCCUUCAAUACCUGACAUCGAAAUACGAUCCUGUGAAUGCUAUGGAUGUGUGCCGCAUGGCCGAUUUUGUGGUACUGGUUAUGUCUGCAGAGGUUGAGGUCGAAGAAGAAGGCGAGCUACUGCUGCGUUCCAUUGAGAGCCAGGGUAUCUCCAACGUGGUGACUGUGGUUCAGGGCUUGGACCAAAUCAACCCAGCCAAGAGACGUCCGCAGGUUGCAUCCUCUCUCAAGUCCUACAUCAAUCAUUUCUUCCCCACUGUGGAGAAGGUGAUGUCCCUGGAUUCUCGACAGGAGUGCUCAAAUGCCAUUCGAUCCCUGUGCACUGCCACCCCUAGGGGUAUCCGCUGGCGUGACGAGCGCAGCUGGAUGUACAUUGAGAAUGUGCAGUGGCCAGACGCCAGUGCAGAGGUUGUCGACGAUGUGAUCGUUACAGGUGUUGUUCGGGGCAAGGGCUUAAAGGCCGAUCGGAUUGCACAUAUCCCUGGCUGGGGCGAUUUCCAAAUUGACUCCAUCACCGCGGCUCCUCUGCCGUUGACAAAGAAUAAGCGUGAAGAUACUAUGAAUGUUGACGGCGCUGAUGGUGUCCAGAUUCUGGAGACACCCACGGCUGAUCAGGAUGACAUGGCCGUCGUGGCUCCGGAGGAGAUCGAGAUGAUGGAUGAUGAUAUGGUUUCCAUGGCCGAGACUGAGAAGAAGGGUGUCUUGCUGGACGAUCACCACUAUUUCUCCGACGACGACGCGCAUAUUCCCCCCAAGCCUAAGCGACUACCUAAGGGUACUUCAGAGUACCAGUCGGCAUGGUACCUCGAAGACGUUUCCGACUCUGGAUCUGAUAUCGUGGAUGAGGACGAUGACGAGGAAAUGGAAAUGGAAGUCACCGGUGCGCCGGAGGAUGGUUUCUUCGCAGACAAGGAAGAUGCCAUGACAGAGGGUGGCCCCUCGGAAUAUCCUCAGUCGGAGAUGUUCUUGGAUCCGUCUCCUGAGGAUGAGGCUCAGGAGCUGGCAGAGUACCGCAAGAGCCGCCGCACCGAAGCCGAAGAGGAUCUGGAAUUCCCCGACGAGAUCGAGCUACACCCGAACGUGCUUGCUAGAGAGCGUCUCGCCCGAUUCCGAGGCCUGAAGAACAUGAAGCUUAGCCCCUGGGAGACUUCCGAAGAUCGCCCAUUCGAACCCGAGGAUUGGCGCCGUCUUUUGCAAUUUGGCGACUACAAGGGCACUAAGAAUCGAAUCAUCCGUGAAGCGCUUGUUGGUGGUGUCAAUCCCGGAAUUCGGGUUGACGUGCACCUCCGCGCUGUCCCAACUUCUCUUCGACACAAGGCCCAGCCUCUCUCCCUCUUCUCCCUUCUUCGCCAUGAACACAAACAUACCGUUGUUAAUAUCAACAUGACCCUCAACUCCAACAUUGAAAAGCCGCUGAAGUCCAAGGAGCAGCUCAUCGUGCAAGUUGGCCCUCGUCGUAUGGUGGUCAAUCCCGUCUUCUCCGCCGGCGACAACACUCCCAACAACGUGCACAAAUUCGACCGCUACCUUCAUCCUGGCCGCAGUGCUGUCGCCACCUGGAUUGGUCCUAUGACCUGGGGUGCUGUCCCGGUGCUUGUUUUCAAGAACAAGCAAGGGGAAGAAGAUCCCGAGGUCCUCGAGUCUGCGGACAACGAGCCAGGCGCGCUUUCGAUGGAUCGCUUGGAGCUGAUCGGUACCGGCACUGUCAUUGCGCCGGACCCCAAUCGCGUCAUCGCGAAGCGGGCAAUCCUCACAGGUCACCCUUACAAGAUCCACAAGAAGGUCGUCACCGUCCGGUAUAUGUUCUUCAACUCGGAGGACGUGCAAUGGUUCAAGGCUCUGCAGCUUUGGACCCGCCGUGGCCGCAGUGGAUAUAUCAAGGAGAGCCUUGGUACUCAUGGUUACUUCAAGGCUACCUUCGACGCGAAGAUCAACCCGCAGGAUUCGAUUGGCAUCAGUCUCUACAAGCGAGUCUUCCCCCGCAAGGCAAGAGCUUUGGAAGAACUGGUUUAG